AUGCUGCGAGCCAAGGCGCGGGAUGGCUGGGACUUGUUUGACCUGCUGCGCUUGGUGCGCCUCACACAUGCGGCAAUGGAUAGGGCACAUGCUGACGCGGACAAGACACAUCUUGACAUGGCAGAAGGAAGCCCUUCUCCUGCUGCGAUUGCUUCUGGUGCAGGUAGCAGCAAGCAACCCCCUCCGCGUACCCACACUCUCAGCGCAUCCGCCUAUAGCAGUCUGAUACGCGCAUGUGUGAAUGGGGGUCAAGUGAAGGAGGCACGGAGACUGCUGAGGGACAUGGAGAGGAGGGGAGUGCCGCCCACACAGGCAGCAGUCAACAUGAUUGCUCACAUGCACUUUGUGCAUGCAGACCCUGAUGCCGCCCUCUCGCUCCUGCACCACAUGUGGGCGGCGCACAAGCUGCCGAUGAACGCCGCCCUGCUGACGACGUAUGUGUGGGGGCUGGGGCAGGCUGGGCGGGUGGAGGAGGCGGAGGAGUUGUUGCUGGGGGUGGUGGGGGGUGGGGGGGGGAUGGGGGGAGGGAAUGGGGGGAAUGGGGGUGGAUGGGGGGAUGGGGACGAUGCGUUGGAUGGGGAUGGCGUGCAUGUUGCAGCAGUGCAGCCUAAUGUGCGGACAUGGAAUGCUUUGAUGCAUGGGUAUGCCAUAAAGGGCGAUGCUGACGCUGCUGAAGGCGUGCUAGGGCUCAUGCGGGGGGAAGGAGGCGUUAUGAUGGGUGGAGAGCGGUCCGAGACAGGUGAAGGAAGAGGGGUAGUAGGAGGGGUGGGAGGGGAUGGUUGGGGAGCAGGGGUUGGGGAGGAGGAGGACGAGGAGGAAAGAGGCGAGGGCGAUGGGUUUGAGGAGGGGUUUUGGGAUGGGGGUGGAAAGUACGAGGAGGGAGAGCAGGUGAUGGAAGUGAGGGAUGCAGAGAAAGCAGGUGAUUUCAGUACACAGCAAGAACAUCAUUCCUACCUUCAGCAGCGGCAGCACGAAGCUGAGAGCCCUCCCAAGCGCAAGGCUCGCUUCCCCUGGCCCAGCGUGCGGCCCAACACAGUGACAUACAGCACUCUCAUGGCAGCAUAUGCAGCGGCUGGGAGGAGUGCAGAGGUGUGGGACGUGUACCGGGAGAUGCGAUCCCUCUCCAUCCCUCCCAACCACUUCACCUUCGCUACCCUCGUCUCCUCCUGCGCCGCUCGCAGCCGGCCGGAUCUCAUCGAGUCGGUGCUCGCUGACGUGGUGGCGUGUCAGCAGCGUGCUGACGUGGCGCUGGUGACGAGCGUGCUGGCGGGUGUAGCGGGGUGCUGCAGCGGGAGGAAGGAGGAGGCGGGGAGGGUGCUGAGGUGGUUUGUGGGGGAGGUGGAGAGUGAGGGGGGCGUGGGGGAGGCAUGUGCUCGGCUGAUCCUGCAAGAUGGCCUGUCUGAUGCUCAGCUUGCUCAUGGCUUUCACCCCUUGUUCCUCUUUUGCAUCCCUAUUCCUCACUCUUCCCAACGCUCACCGUCUUUCAUCCUCCUCUCGCUCAUGCCUCCCUGCGUUCCCCAGGUGCAAAAUCUCGCCCACCUCCUCUUCUCCCAACCGUCACCACCCCUUUCCUCCUCUUCCUCCUCCCUUCCUCCUCCCACACAUCUCUCCGUCUCUCACUCUCACUCUCACUCUCACUCUCACGUCACGCGCGCUCAUGAGGUGCUUGCUUCCACUCUCACAGACUGCCUCUGGACGUUUGGGCGGCACCGGAGGGCAGCGCUUGUCCUGUCUGCCGCCCUGCAGGCUGGGUUGAUGCAGGGGUUGGGGGAGGUAUCAGGAGGUGCAAACGGGAACAGGGAGAGGGAAAACGGUAGACAAGGUGGAGGUGCUGCGACUGAGCUGGUCCAAUUAGGCGGCGACACGUGGCAGCUGGACGUGCGGCGACUGUCGUACGGAGGAGCAGCGGUGGCACUGAACCAGUGGCUGGUAAAGCUGCUCCACGUGGUGCAUUGUAAUGACACUGCACGGUGGCAGGUGGGCGCUGCUGCUGCUGUUACCAGCGACAGCCCGGAUGAGAGGAGUAGGACUGGUGCCGGCAGCGGCGUGGCAGCUGGUGCUGGUGAGAGUAACCGGGGGAGGGGGGGGAGCGAGGGGGAAGGGGGCGCCUGGAGUGGUGGUGGCACCACACCAAGUGGUCGUGGUCACAGGGCAAGGCGGGCACAGCAGCAGGUGGAGGGGAAAGAGGGGUGUGCAAGGGGAGGGGCGGGUGCGACAGGCGGUGGUGCAGGAGGUGGAGCGCCUGGGGCUGCCCUUGGGGGUGGGGGGGGCGGGGGCAGCAGCAUGUGGGGAGGCUGA